AUGUCUCUAUCACGGGCUUUCACCACUCGGAAGCUUAAGCUGGGCUCCGAUGGCGCCGACUCGAAAAAUCCGCAGCGGUCGCAUACCCUUCGCCAUAAGAUCUCGGGCCCUGUCCAACUGGUUCACACGACCAACAUGCUCUCCUACAAUGCGCCCGAUCUGCCUCGAGGUGCCUCUGAACGAGCCAAUUCCGCCAAGUCUGGCAAGUCUUCUCUCGACGAUUCCGACAGCCUCGCCACCAUCGAAUCGACCCCGCCGACCAGCCCGGACGUUGCUCCUGGGGAGCACAUGUUCUCCCCAAAGCCGAACCACCUAUCGGGCUAUUUUAAGAAUUCUACGAGGCCCGGUCCAGCUGAGCCCGAACCAGCUCCAGCUCCAGCUCCAAUGAUUCCCCAGCGCUCGCCAACCCACACCAAGAAGAACUCAAUCGACGCCGUUGCUCGAUCACGGUCCGUCUCCCGCACUUCUCGAGACGCCGAUGUGUCGGCCGCGUCCCGAAACCUCCAGGCCAUCUCUCGAACCCCCUCCCUAUCAACGCGAUCUUCGGCAAAUUCCACAUCCUCCAGCCGGCCUUUGAGAUCGCCCCGAUCUCCUGCAGUCCCCAUGGAGCCCACGGCAUUUGCGGGCCCCAUGCCUUCCAAACCUCAUGCAGCUCCGACGCCCUUGCCUGUACAACCUUCCAUUGCGCCACGCCACCAGGCUAAAGACUCGAAUCCUUUUGGGGCGGAGUUGGCCAAGGUAACAGAACUGGCGGAAGAAUUCAGCUCCGCAAGCCAGCUGGAGAUGGUGGACGAGGACACAGAGUACAUUCGCUCAAAGGGCCUUGUCAGGCUACGUCCCGAUGACUAUCUGAGCAUGAUUCAGGGCCUUUCAUCCAUGUUCUUCUCGGAGCCUGCUCAUUCAGCUCCCGCAGCUGCGGCUCCGCUCUGGAUCUAA